UUGAUUGAGUCGGCGUCCCUGCUGAGGGAGAUUUGUCAUUUGGACCUGUAAAGCUACCAGAAUGGCCUUCAAARGGGUUUUUAAUUGACUUUAGAAGUAUUAGCUGUGCUGUGCAUUUACUUGCAAAUCGAAACAUUUGCAAAGUUCACACUUUUAACAGGAGCUUCUGCAUGUUUUAGCCUAGCACGAAUCAAGCUAAAAGUAGGAUACAUUAACUUUAGCUGAGUUUUAUUUGUUUUAUAAGUAAUAUACCCCGACAUGGAGUCGUUUACAUGCGUCGCCAGUGUCCUUUCAUGCUCUGCUUGCAUCGCAGUGGUUGGGCUCGUGCUUGCUGCCUACAAACUUGGCGUAAUUUACCAGUUGUUUCACMAGACAGAGACAAAGAGCCCACGGCAUGGYGGUGAGAGCGUGGCAGAGGUUCUCCGCUCACACGGAGUCAAGUUUCUCUUCACCCUUGUUGGSGGGCACAUCUCGCCCAUCCUGGUGGCUUGUGAGAAGGUUGGCAUCCGUGUUGUGGAUACGAGACACGAGGCCACCGCCGUCUUCGCUGCAGACGCUGUGGCAAGGCUCUCAGGUACUGUCGGUGUCGCAGCAGUGACCGCUGGCCCGGGUCUUACGAACACCGUAACCGCCGUGAAGAAUGCCCAAAUGGCCGAAUCUCCACUGCUGCUCCUAGGAGGAGCUGCUGGUACAUUACUACAGGGCAGAGGAGCGCUGCAAGACAUCGACCAGUUGUCUCUCUUCAAGCCUCUGUGUAAGUUCUGUGCCUCCAUCCGGACAGUCCGGGAGAUCGUGCCCACACUCAGGAAGGCCCUGGCGGUGGCUCAGUCCGGAACCCCGGGUCCUGUUUUCAUAGAGUUCCCCAUUGACACCCUGUACCCRUACCAUCUGGUGUCCAAAGAGUUUGCUGUUAAGAACCCUCCCAAAGGCCUGAUGGGAAAAAUCGUCUCAUGGUACCUCAACAACCACCUCAUGAACCUUUUCGCUGGCGCCUGGGAGACCAGAGACGUUUCUCCACUUCCUGUUCACAUCCCUCAGGCUACAGACGAUCAGGUACAAAAGUGUAUAGAGCUGGUGAGCCGAGCCAAGAAACCGGUCGUUCUUCUGGGAAGCCAAGCGACACUUCCACCAACACCAGUGGAUGAUAUCAGGAAGGCUUUGGAGGACCUAGGCAUCCCCUGCUUUCUUGGRGGAAUGUCUCGUGGCAUGCUGGGUAAAGACAGCCCGAUACACAUUCGACAGAACAGGCGAGACGCUCUAAAAGAGGCCGACUUGGUUCUCUUAGCAGGCACCGUGUGUGACUUUCGACUGAGCUACGGCAGAGUUCUCAGCAGGCGCAGCAAGAUCAUCGCUGUCAACCGAGACAAGUCGCAGCUGCUGAAAAACUCUGACAUGUUCUGGAAACCCACUGUAGCAGUUCAAGGUGAUGCUGGGUCAUUUUUAGUUCGGCUAUCUAAAGGCCUGAAGGGCCAUCGCUGUCCAGAGGAGUGGCCUCAAUCCCUGAAAGCUGCAGAUCUGACCAAAGAGAGUGCAAACAGGACUAAAGCGGAGGAGAAGACCGAACAGCACCUAAAUCCUCUGAAGGUGCUGCACUGUGUGGAUGAACUGAUGGCUGAGGACAGCAUCAUCGUUGCAGAUGGAGGAGAUUUUGUUGGAAGUGCUGCUUAUAUAAUGAGACCUAGAGGACCUCUGCGCUGGUUAGAUCCAGGYGCCUUUGGGACUCUGGGAGUUGGAGGAGGUUUUGCUUUGGGCGCAAAGCUGUGCCGUCCUGAAUCUGAGGUGUGGAUCGUCUACGGUGACGGCUCCUUGGGUUACAGCGUGGCAGAGUUUGACACAUUUGUUCGACACAAGACACCAGUCAUAGCUGUGGUGGGAAACGACGCGUGUUGGAGUCAGAUAUCUCGAGAGCAGGUUCCUAUCCUCGGCAGCAACGUGGCAUGUGGCCUUUUAUUCACAGAUUAUCACGUAGUGGCAGAUGGUUACGGUGGAAAGGGCUACCUUGUAGGACGAGACGACGGGGACCAGCUAAGUGACAUCAUCAGAAAGGUUCAGAAGGAGACCAAAGAGGGCAAAUCUACACUCCUCAAUGUUCUGAUCGGGAAGACCAACUUCAGAGAGGGUUCCAUCUCUGUAUAGAGCUUCUGUGUCUUUUAAAGUAGUCGCACAUUUAUUUCCUUUAAAUUUGUCUUUGAUCAGUUUUCUGUACAAGUCCUUUGAGGGAUUACGGAUAAUAAGAAAAUGGGUUUUAAUCCAAACACAGAGUUUUGAGAUCUUAAAGCCAUAAUAUAAGUUGAAGACAAAUAAGUUAAUGAUUUGCUAAUCUUCAAUAAACAUUAGUUGCAAUAAGUUAUUUCCUUCAACAGACCACUAAAAGAAACAUUUUGAUACAUUAGUUUUGAUAUCGUUACACCUCUUCAGACCGCCAGAAAAUAAAUCUGCAUUUAAAAAGGGAAAGUGUGAUUAUCAUGAUUAUUCUGCACUGUUGGGGGGUUUUUCCUUCUUAAGAUUUGACCUUUAAACAACCUCUCACAAGUUUUGUAUCUAAACCACAAACUGGAAUCACUUGUGAACAACGGCAUUGAUUUAAAGUCUUUUGUGACCAAAACAUGCCUUGUCUACUCUUCCAGCAGGAACACAGGACCUUUUCUGCUGACUCAGGAAAUCUUUGAGAUGUAACGUUCUGUCAGCAGAUGAUUUGAGGUCAAUUGUUCGACUGGAACGGUUUCUUUGAAUGCUGCUGUUCGCCUUUUAAUGUUUGCAUCUUUAAAUGCAUCAGUGUGUGGAUUGGAAAAUAUUUUUUAAUUUGGUGAGAAAUUAAAACAACUGAUUUCCUUUGCUGUAACGUAMGAAAUUGUCUUGAAUGUGGCUGUAAACUGUUCUGCAGUGUCGUCAUAAAUACUUCAGGCACAAA